AUGGAGAUUUCAGAUUCAGAAAACUCCAUCUCCACAUCCACCUCCACCGUUGACCGCCCUCUCCAUGAGACAGAACCCGCAGAUGACCUAUCCGGUCGCAUAGCACAACACAAACCGAACCUUGCCAAAUGGUGUCCCGCUUGGGAAGAAUCGCACCCAGCCACAUGGUGCCGAGAUCCCAACCCCAUCUGCGGCAUUAGAGAUGAUUUGGCCCUGCCGUUGAUGGACGCCAAGAACGAGAUCAUUCCCCGUCCACUCGAAAAGAACAAGCAUGUCCGGCCGGAGCGCAUUCCCGAUCCACGCAUGUGGGCAACCGAGGAAGAGCCGCGUGCCGCACUCAGCCAGUCGGAUUCAACCGAAAUGCCGGUCGUGCCGGAGGACUUCACUUGCGAUCUGCCUGCUGUGCGGGAGAUCAGAGAACGCAAGUGGAAACUGGAGGAAAUGGACAAGAUGACCGACGCUGAACGCGCCAAGGUCUGGCAAGAUAUAGCGAAAGAAGCACUGGAGGUGAUGGCGGAUAGUGCCUAA